AUGCAAGUCUUUGUCAAGUCUCUUCAGGGUAACACUCUUGCCCUUGAUGUCUCUUCCAACUCUUCUGUUGCUGUUGUCAAGUCCAUGAUCCAAGAGCGUGAGGGUCUCUCUGCCGAUGCUCAACUCUUGUCCUUUGCUGGUAAGCCCCUUGUUGAUGGUGAGCUCUCUGCUUAUGGUAUUGGUAACAACAACACCUUGAACUUGAACGCUGAAUUGUUGGGUGGUGGUAAGAAGAGAAAGAAGAAGACCUACACUACUCCCAAGAAGAUCAAGCACAAGCGUACCAAGGUCAAGUUGGCUAUCUUGAAGAUGUACAAGGUCGAUGAAUCUGGCAAGAUUACUCGUCUCCGUCGUGAGUGUCCUAACGCCACUUGCGGUGCUGGUGUCUUCAUGGCCAAGCACAAGGAUCGUCAAUACUGUGGUAAAUGCCAUUUGACCUACGUCUUCCAGAAGGACGAAAGCGCUUAA